AUGAAGAUCAGUUUAGCAGGAGUUUUAGUACUCUGCUUGGGAAUAGCUUGUGCAGAACGAGCAUUUCCACAGAGAAGUUUGGCCGCAAGAGCAGCAUCAGUUGGUGGUAACCAACCCUACUGGUUCCUUGGAGCACCCCGAACACGCCAAGCUGUCACUCAAUCAGUUGAAGACUAUUCUGACGAUAGUGACGACAUCGAUGAUGAACAACAGGGAGCUUUUUUAAUUGUUCAAGAUGAUGAUGAUGAUAUUGAAGCUGAUAGCUCCUUCGAUGACGAAAUCGUCGAAGACAAUUUCGAGAACGAUGAUGGUGAUGACGAAGAUUCAGAACUGAAUGGAAAUAUUAUUGGAAUAUUUUCACUGAAAGAAAAUAACGGUAUUAUCGAGUUGGAAGCCCGUGAAAUCGAUCAUGACGAUGAUGAUGUUGAUGAGAAUGAUGAAGAAUCUGACGAAACUGCAGUUUAUCUGCCACGUGAGGUUUUGGAAAAUCUUCCCCAAGGAAGUGUAAUGGCUUUGGUUGAUGACUCUGAUAGUGAAGGUAGAGCUAGAAGAGUUGUUCGCCGAAGAGUUACAAACGGCGGUGGUGGUAAAAGACGUAGAAGGCGUCGAGGUAAUAAUAAUAUCCGUCGUCGCAAGCCUAUUCGUCGUCGUCGAGGUGGUAAUAGAGGAGGAGUUAGAAGGAAACUUAUUCGUCGUCGUGUUGGUCCCCAAAGAAGAGGUAACAGGCGUAGGAAUAACAACCGUAGAAGAAGACGACCACAAGUGAUAAGACUUUAG